UCCAGCUGAUCAAAAUCAACAGCUAUCAAAUCUAUGGGGAUUUCGUGCAUUGCAACUUACCCGUGCAUUAGGUGAAAAUCUAAAUCUUUCCCUAAACAAUUGCGUGAUGGAUUAUCAUUGAUAUCGAUGCGUGGUACACCAUAUGAACAAUAUUGUCUGCAAAAACCUGAAUGUGAUCCAAAUUAUCCAUAUCGAACUAUCGAUGGUAGUUGUAAUAAUCUCCGUAAUCCAUCAUGGGGACAAUCAAUGACACAAUUUAAUCGGCUAUUACCACCAGAAUAUAGUGAUGGUAUUAGUGAAUUUAGAGUUUCAGUGAAUGGUCAGCCAUUACCACCACCACGUAUUAUUUCACUCGAAAUUUUUGAAAAAUCCGACGAAGAUGAUGCUGAUUUUUCGAAUCGUUGGAACGUAAUGUUUAUGCAAUGGGGACAAUUUGUAGAUCAUGAUAUUUCACUUGCUGCUUCAACUCGUGCUUCGAAUGGACAAGGUUUACUAUGCUGUAAUCGUACAAAUGCACAAGGUCCAUUGAUGCAUCCAGCUUGUCGCCCGAUAUUUCUACCAGAAGAAGAUCCAUUCUAUAGCCGUUUUGAUCGUCACUGUAGUAAUUUUGUUCGUAGUGCUGUUGGUCCGAAAAAUUCUUGCAAUCUUGGAUAUCGUGAACAAACAAACGUGGUCACUUCAUUUCUUGAUGCAUCAAUGGUUUAUGGAAAUGAUUUAAAUCGUUCACGUUUGGUACGAUCAUUUCGUGAUGGUCUUUUAAAAACCGAACAAAUCAAUGGUAAUGAAUGGUUACCAUUUGAUACGAUGAACAAUUCUUUAGCAUGUGCUGUACGUAAAAGACAUGGUAAUAAUCGUUGUGUAUUUGCUGGUGAUGUACGUGUCAAUCAACAAUUUGGUAUCACAUUAUUACAAUUGAUGUUUCUAAGAGAACAUAAUCGUUUAGCGAAAUUAUUGGCCAAAUUGAAUCCAUAUUGGGAUGAUGAAAUCAUCUAUCAAGAAGCACGAAAAAUCGUUUCGGCCGAAAUUCAACAUAUAACGUAUAAUGAAUUUUUACCUGAUGCAUUAGGUCGUAAUGUAAUACGUCAUUAUGGGCUGUCAUUACAACCAAAUGGUCAUUCUUUAGAAUAUGAUCCAAAUCUUAAUCCAUCCAUUUUAAAUGAAUUUGGUACUGCUGCAUAUCGUUGGCAUACAUUGGUACAAAAAUAUUAUCAUAUGAUUACUGGCAGGAAUAACCCUGUACGACGUUUUGAAAUGAAUCGAAUAUUUAAUAAUCCAACAUUUCUUUAUCCACGUGAUGCAUCGGAUCAAGCAAUACGUGGUAUUGUGAAACGUCCAACUGAACGUUUUGAUUGUGCUUUUACUGAAGAUAUUAAAAAUUUAUUAUUUGCACAACAACAAGAAACGAGAGAUGAUGAUAAUCAACGUGUUGGUAUGGAUCUCGUUUCUAUAGAUAUUCAACGUGGUCGUGAUCAUGGUAUGCCUACUUAUAAUCAAAUACGUCGACUUUGUGGCCUGCAACCAGUAAAAAAUUUUCGUCAAUUAAAAUCUAUUCUUAGUGAUGAUGAUGAUUGGGAACAUUUAUCUCGAGUUUAUUCUCACGUGGAUGAUAUCGAUUUCUGGGUAGCUGGAAAUCUUGAAAAACCAUUACAAGAAGGUAUACUUGGACCAACAUUUAGCUGUAUUGUUGGUGAACAAUUUCGUCGACUUAAAUACGGUGAUCGAUUUUGGUAUGAGAAUGGACAAAUGAAACAUUCAUUUAAUGAUGAACAACUAACUGAAUUACGUAAAGUAACAUUAGCCGGAAUUAUUUGCCAUAAUUCGAAUCAUAUAAAUCGUGUACAACCAUUAGCGAUGGUCACUAUAUCAAAACAAAAUCCGGAAUUGGAUUGUUCAUUGAUUCCACAAAUGGAUCUAUCACCAUGGAAAACAGUUAAACCAAAUACUGAUAAUAAUGGCGGUAGUAAUUCUAGACCAGAUAAUGGAAAUAACCGUGACUACAAUGUACGACGACGACCAAAACAACAAAAACAAAAUGGAUGGAAAAAUCAAAAUCAUCGUAAUCGUUUGAAUGGACAAUUACGAUCUAAUGAUAAUGAUGAUCAUAAUGUUUUUGUUGUUGUGCCAAAUGUUAAACGAAUUUAUCAUCAUCAUUCAUAUCGUCCUUAUGAUUUCCAUGAUUAUCAUCGAAACAUACCAUAUCCAUUCAAUACUGUUAUUCGUCAAAAUUAUGAAUAAUAAUAAUGAAAAAAAAAAUUAAAUUAAAUCAUGCCCAUAAAACC